AAGCACUUCUCGGACGUCAAAGAGUCUUUUUAGCGGAUAAUUGGAGCGGAGCCUUGGCGCCGGGUCUUGACGUCUUACAUCUUCCAUGAGUUGGCUACAACAGCUGCAGGUGAUCAGGACAAUGAAUAAAUUGAGAAUCCAUAUAUUGUGAUAGAACGCUGAUAUAGACUGAUACUGUGCAUAUGUCGGUGCAGCAAUUCAUGCUUUAUCAUUAUCUCUGCCGACGACCGGAUUCAGAAAAUCUUCCACACGUACUCCACGGCGAGCUCAAUCUCGCUUCUUAAUGACCCCGAAUCUUCGUCCCCAAUUGAGUUUUACGUUCCAGCUGCAUGUCGAACGAUGUCGAUACCACUGCUGUUGCUGACCUGCACAAGCUAGGGUACCAGCAGGAGAUGACACGGAGGCGCAGUCUAUUUCAUAUCUUGUUCACAAUUAUGGCAGUCCCUUUCGGCCUUUCUGCUCCAUUCGCUACUGGGCUCAUUGGAGGUGGACCCGCGGUUCUGAUCUGGGGAUGGGUAUUUUUCUCGGCGUUCAUCUUCACACUCGCACUAUCAAUGGCCGAAAUUAGCGCCAAGUAUCCAACUUCUGGUGGAGCAUACUAUUGGUGUUUCCGUCUCGCGUCACCCAGAAGUCGAGUGCUUUUGUCAUGGAUAAAUGGGUGGCUGACGAUGGUGGGCGUGUGGAUAGACUGUCUGUCAGUCACUUUCGGAAUUGCACAGAUCAUAGUCGCAGAGGCGGGUAUUUUUCAUCUCAUAUUUUUGGGGGUGACACUCAUUUGUACGGCCCUCGGGAUUUUCUUGAACGAUAUUCUUCAUUAUAUCGAUAUCGCGUGCGCAUGUUGGACAGUUCUAGGUGUUCUUGUUAUGCUCGUGUGCCUUUCGGCGAAGGCAGCAGCAGGCCGUCGUUCAGCCGCUUUUGCUCUGGGACAUUUCGAUCCAUCUGCAUCUGGUUGGACGCCUGGAUGGUCAUUUUUCAUCGGUCAAUUGCCUGUGAUUGCUAGCAUGGCCGAAGAGCUUCAUAAUCCGACAGUUGACCUGCCAAGAGCUAUAGUCUGGUCCAUUCCACUUGGUUUCUUGCAAGGCGUUUUUUUCUUGUUGCCCAUUCUAUUCACGCUCCCCGACAUUGCUACAUUGCUGUCAGUCCCCAGUGGCCAGCCUAUCGGUGUCAUGUUCACGCUCAUAAUGGGCUCAAAGGGUGGCGGAUUCGGAAUGUUAGUUUUCGGGAGCGCCAUGUUUUGCGCCGUGUCGAUUUCAUCCGCCGCUUCUCGGGCAACAUGGGCAUUUGCAAGAGAUAAGGCAAUACCCUUGCACGCAUUUUUUGCUCAUGUUUCGUCAGAAAAACACGGCCCUGUCAAUGCAUUCCUCCUUGUUACUGUUGUCCAGUUGCUGCUAGGACUGAUUUAUCUCGGCUCCAGCGCGGCUUUCAAUGCAUUCGUAGGAGUGGCGGUGAUGUGUCUACAAACGAGCUACUCGAUGCCAGUCCUCAUAUCCCUUGUCAACGGUCGUGAUAACGUCAAAAAUUCUCCGUACUCGUUGGGUAGGUGGGGAUGGGCCAUCAAUAGUAUCGCAGUGCUCUGGACCGUGUUCGAGUUGGUGCUGUUCUCGAUGCCGGCGGUGGUACCUGUGACGAGAGUAUCCAUGAAUUAUGCCUCUGUUGUGUUUGUAGGAUUUGCGACCAUCAGCGCCGUCUGGUAUAUGAUCAGUAAGUUAGUUCUUCGGGUCGGGGUAACAGCUUAUCAUCUCUGUUUAGAUGGACGCUUCUAUUAUACGGGACCACCUAUUCCGAGCGAGUCAACACAGCCUAGUGCUGAGAAUGUCGUUGUGAAUGAAAAGAAGGGUGGAACUUUGGAGAACUAGUAGCUCCGGCAU